UCAAGUAUCGUGCACGUGUGAUUUGUUUGUGCGUAAUUUGUGCAAACGAAAAUGUGAAUUUAAAAAUAAAUACUUAAAUAUAAUGGAUAAAAGUUCGCAUAAACACUUUGCUUUUAAUUUUAAGGAGAUAUUAUUAGAUGAAAUUGCUUUAGAUGGUCUAGAAGGCACAGUGACCGAAUUAUUAUGGAGGCGAGUAGAGAAAAGAUUAUCUUCGACCGUCACAGAGAAGAUGAAGGAUCGUUUUUGGAACUUUAUAGUCAAUUGCGAAGCUAUUUCGUUUUACCAACUCCCCGAAGCACGGAACCCUAUCGAAAUACUGGAUAGGUUUCAAAAAGUGGAUGAAGAGUGUGGUUAUAUUAGUGAUCCUUCAGAUUAUCUGGAUGGCCCAUAUGAGUAUAGUCCUAUUGAAAAUGAAUUUGGAUCGUGUACCAACUACUUCACACGGGAAACAGUUCCUAGAGAGAAUCUACGGAUUCCAUACAAAAGUGUUGAAGAAAAGUAUGGAAAUACUUUAGUGCUAGUGGCCUCACUCGAGGAGCGAUGGAAGGCUUUGGUACCGCAUAUGCCAAUAACACAACUGAGUCAAAUGACUGUUGGACAAUAUUGUAUUUUGGAACUUGUCGGCAGAGCUAGAGAAAAUGGACAAAUUACUACAGGCACAACAAAUCUGAUGAAAAUAGUAAAAGAUUCCAAAUUACUAUUCUACAACAGAAAAUAUUUGCAAGAUUUGGGUUUAAUAAGAGUACAAAGUUUGAAUCAGAUAAUUGGAGGUAAAACUGUAAAGAGUUUACUUUUGAGACUGAAAAGAUUUUACCAACCUCUGAUGCAAUGUUUGCCUAAACAUGGCAAAUUGUACAAUGUAGUACAGUACUUGUUAACUAAGCCAAAUUACAAGGAUUACACUGAAGAAAUGGUUAAAAAAAGAAUAUUUAGUACAGGAAUGUGCAAAAAGCUUAGAAAAUCUUGCACCUUCCUCAGUUUUGUCAAACUCUACUCAACAGCUGUGGUUCCAGAAGAGACAGGGAAAACAAACAAGAAGUUGUUUAAAACAGAAAUAAGCCUGAAGGUGGAAAGUGAUGAAUCUUCACAAUCAGACAGUGAGACAACUACAGAGCCGCUGAAAUGUGAAUACAAUGUACAUAUUAACUUAAUGAGGCAGGUAUAUGAAAAGCUACUUGAAGCAGGAACCAAGGGGCUGACACGAAUGGAAGCGUCAGAACUCUUUGGAAUUGAGUUCUAUACUGCAAGGACAAUGUUUAGGACAUUAAAAUCGAAGAAUUUAGUGAGGGAGUUCUUUGAGGACAAGGGAAAGCAAAGGAUUGCCAGAUAUGUUGCAACAGUCUCGGCAAUAAAAGGAAGUAGUUCCACAUAUGAGGAAGAAAAAAGAAAAUUUAUGGAGUAUUUAGAUGAGUCUAAAACUGCUAUCAGAACAUCAACAAUCACAGAAUCUGACAAUGAGAUACCCAGAAAAAAAGUUAAGCUUGAAAAAGAUGCAAAUAUUGAACAUGAUAGCUUUAUAUCCGAUUCUGAAGCUAUUGAAGAGAAAGUUACUGAAAUGUCUUGUUUAGACGGAUUGGAAAAUGUGGAAGGAAAGACAUUGUUCGGGUCGAAAAAAGGUCCGACCCUGAGGCAGCUUAAAUUCGCCAAUGGUAUACUCAAAGUUAUAAAAGAAAAACUAGCUAUAUCUGGAUAUCAAACUUUGAGCUUACUGGUUGCCAAGGAAAUUGGGGAAGCCCCAAUGGACACAAAAGGCAUCAAAAUAUUUGUCCAAAAACUAGUCGCUGAAAACCAAAUUAAAAUUUUAAAAAUAGCAUGGCCAGGUUGCCUUCAAAAAUAUUCUGUAUUUCUGUGCGCGCCACACGUACAACCCACCGACCCGAUCAUCAGGGCGAAAUACAAGGAAAUAAACAUUCGGGCAUUAAGAAAUCCGAAUAUUCAAACAAAAGUGCUCAAGCCGGUAUCAGACACUACUAACACGAGACCUAUAACUCUAUUUUUGUACCCUCGGUACAUGAAACUUCAAAAGCUUCACGAAUCCAUUAUGAAACUAGUCUACUUCAAUGACGAUGAAACUUAUCAUUCUAAUUUACCGAAAGGAUAUUCCUCAAUCAUUGAUCUCAUGCCAGAAUUCACAUUAGAAUUCGCAAUAGGCAACUUGAGCAAUAUAUCUCUAGCCUCUAUUUCACAAAUGAAGAUCACUAGCGACAUGUUACAAUGUAAACUACGAAACAUACCAACUGAUCUCUUUAAAUUAUUGUUAUCAUCAUCUGCCUUACAAAGCGCGCUACGAGUAAAUUUGAAAAUAUUGGCGAUGUUCGGACUAAUUCAAUUGAUCAAAGAAUCUGGGUCUGAUGGUAAGAUUAUGACGAAAUACAUGUUUUAUGCUAAUCAACGCGCGAGAAUCAUUGACACACAAGGAGAGUGGCCUAGAGAAAAUGCUGACAUGGAAGCUCUAGAAAAAUGGUACAACUUUGAAUCCUUCAAAGAUGUCGAAAGAUUUUGGAAUGACGUAUACAAUAUCAGCCAAAAUACAACUAUCAAUUUAGCUUCAAGCGAACGUUGCAUGAAAUAUCCAAUAGUGGCUCCUAGAGAAGAAGAGACAGUGGAGCUGUAUGACAAUGGUGUAAUAUUGGGAAAUGGGUUAGGUCCAUGUGGGUAUGAUUCGUCAUUUCACAUGGAAAUUCCACGACUUUGGGUUGCAUAUUUUACGAAGUUUGUAAAAAAACAGCAGCUAUUACACAAAAAACUAAUUAUAAAAAAUCCUAGACGAAACAAGCCCAAACGAAAACUAAGAACUAACUUAACCAAAACAUCACACUUGAAAAAAUCAAAAGUUUUUGUAGAUAAAAAUAAACCAAUUAAAUCUUUACGAAGAAAGAGAGAAAAGGGUAGUUUAGUAAAGUGGUCUAAAGAAGACGACAGAAUUAUAAUGUUGGGUAAAGCAGCUUUGACUAUUAUAAGUCCCGUUGCUCAACCUGGAUGUCUUCAACUCAGAAAUCUAGUUAUCAAAGACAUAUUUUCUAUCACUGACCCAAAAAAAACAGCAAGUAUAUGUCAUAAACGAGCAAUACAUCUGGAAACAAAUAGCGCACUGGCAUAUGAAAAGGAUUGUGUAAUAAAUGAACUAAAACGUCGUCCCAAUAUAACUAAUAAAUAUGAGGAAUUAUUGAAAAUUGUACGGAUGCAAUACCCUGGAAACAUGUCGAAACUGAUAAACGGAACUAGACUUCCAAUGAUGGAACUUGUGUGGAUUAUGCUACAAUUGGUCAAAAGCAAAUCAUUCAACCAAAAAAUCCCUUGCGUUGCUUUGAGCUUUGAAGACUUCCAUGACAAAUUUAAGAUACAUCCAGCUUCAGCCAACCAAAAAUAUAAUCUAUAUAAAACCCCUCUUGAAGCUGAUCCUGAAUUAGCUUCAGUCAAAGAAGGAAUUAUUAUUGCAGUGAUGUCCAGUUUUAAAACAGCGCAGUCUACUAAAACAGCUAACACAAUAUACUCUGUAUUCAAUGCUUACCCGGAACCGCUGAUGCGGCCGGCGAUAGAACAGUUGCGAAAAUGUAGCGCAGUAGCCGCAAAGGAGAAAGUAAUCAAUGCCCACAUCAGUAGAUUCAAUUUCCAAGACAUUGUGCAUUCGUCGUACAAAGUUUCUGCACACUACCAGCGUAGAUGGAUCAGCAGAUUAAAUUCAGAGUUUAUUGAAAGCUUGAUGGUCAGUUUAGAUAGAGAGUUGCCUCAGAGUGGCUUAAAAGGAUGCCAGGAGGUGAAUUGUUUGCUACUAGAGUUAAAUAGCAGUGACGUAUUGGAUAUUACGACUACUACGGUACCCGCCAUAUCUGCUCCAUCUGGUUCCAUCAUGCAGGAAGACCAGUUAAGUGUACUUGACAUCAUGAUGAAUUUCAAACUGAAAUCAGGAACACUGGGAUGGAGGAAAAAAGCUAAUUUCCAAAAAUUCUCAGAUCUUUUCGAGAACAUUGAGUAUCAAGACAUUUUAAAUACUAUACAAAAAAAUGCCAGAGUAUCCGACCCUGUCGAAAAUGCUGACACUGACGACAAGAUUAUAUCUCAUCUAAAAGUGAAAAAAGAAAGUGGAUCAACUUUUUCUGAAUUACAGGACUUUACUGGCUUCGACACUACAACAUUGAUUGAUAAAAUAUUGUCACUGGAAUUUUCACACAUUAUCAAACGCGUGGGCUACUUCGAGAAUUUGGUUGUCCUGACGGAAUUCGUAAAACCUUGGACUAUAUCUAUCGAGGGCUCUCUUAUAAUUCCCACGCCUUGGCUCAGCUUGGAUUUGGACAUCAGAAUUGAUAUAUUAUUAAAAUGGGCUAGCGUGAUCAUGAACAAAGUGUUCGAACAUCCAGGAUGUUCUAUUGAGUAUCUAUCAGACCAAUCAGAAUUCCUCUCCACUCGUGCUGUCCAAGAUAUAUGCAUUGUUUUAGAAAAAGUCCAAUGUGUGGUUAUAAAAUGUAUAAAAGUUUCACAACCAAGUUUGUUUUCCAACAAUGAAACAACAAUCCCAGAAGAGCUAGAUUUUAAUCCUUACGAAUCUGUGAAAUAUAUUAUAAUCUUUCCGGUAAAAGAUUCGCUUACAAGAUUUGCUUAUUUAAGAAAGAAGAUGUUAGAUGACUAUUUUGGUCCAGAGUAAUUACUCUGUAAUGAUUAUAAACUAUAGGUAAUAUAAGGUCACCGAAUUAAUGUUUCAUUUAAAUAAAGUGUAGGAUAUGUA